AAUGUUUGUUUUUGUUUGAUAAUAUUUUAAUGAAAUAAUAAUAAAGUAGAGGUUAUGGAAUAGGAUAAAGAUAUAGAAUGGGUUUGAACCUUAUUUUUUUUCAUUAUUAUUACAUUACAUUAUGUAUUAAUUAUAUUUUCGUACUGUUCUGUUUCAAAUUGCAAUUUUGCUGUUUUUGCGGCAGCAAACAAUCUCAAAAGAUUAGAAUUAGUGUUUUGUUUUAUUUUUUUCGAUUUGUUUUUUAUUUUUUUAUAAGGCUUUUGUGAAUUAUUUUGCCCGUUUGAGUUACCACUGUAGAAUUAUGAUUUUCUUUUACUAUUUAUUUUCUAUAUCUUGAAGUCAGUUUAUUGCCGUAUCUUUUAUUAAUUUUGAUGUAAAUAGUUUCGCCAACGUUAUAUGCUUUAAAUGGUUUUCUAUUUUUAUUGUGAAAAAUUAAGUCUUUGAAUGUUAUUUUGUCUUGCUUUUUCAUAUUGCUCAGGGUUGGUAUAUAUUCUGCGUCCAAAAAAUUAUUCGAUAGGUUUUUGUCCCUUAGUUGAAUGUAUGGAGUAGUUGUAUUCGUAAACUGCUCUGUCGAGAAGCUCUGAAAAGGAUCUUUCUGUAUUUUCUGAUUUUAAACAUCUUAUUAUUUCUGAUAAAGUGGAGUGGAAAUGUUCAACUUGUCCAUUAGCUGUGCUGGAGUGUGGAGGUAUUCUAUGUAUAUUAAUCCUAAGUUGAUCUUUUAACAUACAAAUUAUUGAAUGGGCGUUUAAAGAUUUUUCGUUAUCUAUUAUGAUAUUCUGAGGUUAUCCAAAAUUGAAAAUGAUUUGUCUAAGUGGUUCCCGUAUGUCUUCUGAAGAUCUUGAAUUUAUUAAUUUGUGCAUAUUUGGAAAAUUUGUCAACUUCUGUUAAUAUUAAAUGUAUAUCGGCUAUAUACGGUAUAUAUCGAUAUGUACUAUUUGCGCUGGAUAUUUUGGAAUUGGAGUUGCUUGAAUUUCUGGAUUGUAAGGAUGUCUAUCGUAUUUGUUUUCUGCGCAAAUGCUGCAUUGUUUAACUAUUGAUUUAAUUUUUUGUAACAUUUUUGGAAAAUAAAAUUUUUCUAAAAUUUGUUUUUUGUUUUCAAUUGCAUUUCGGUGUGCUCUUUUAUAUUCUAUAAGUAUUUGGUUUUCCUGUUCUUCAUUCGAUUUUAAAUCUUUAACCUUCGUUUGGGUGUGUCUAACUUUGUAAUUACAAAAAUGUAUUGGAUAAAUUUCUGGAGUUUUGCCUAUUAUUUCUUCUGAGAUAAAUAAUGAUAAUAAAUCUUCUUCUGAGUAUCUUGGUUUGAUUAUUAUAUGUCUGUGGUAUGUUUGGAAAAGUAAUUUAAAUUGAUAGCUAUUUUCUAGUCCUAUGAAUAAGAAAAUUUGUUUUUUGAAAACAUAUAUUGGGGCUUCUACUGAGGGAAUUAAAUUAUGAGAUGAACUUUCAUCUGAAUUAGUAGCAACUGAUAUUAAAUGUAUUUGGAAUGGUCUAGAGAGUACAUCCGCUACUAUGUUGGAUUUUCCAGGCUUAUAUUUUAUUUUGUAAUUAUACUCUUCUAAAAUGGAUUUCCAUCGUUUUAGUUUAAAAUUGCUAUUUUUGUUACUAAGUGCAUAUGUUAAUGGUUGAUGAUCGGUAUGUAUUAUAAUUUUUGGUUGACCAUACAGAUAAUUUCUGAGAGAAUUGAGUGCCCAGAUUAUAGAAAGCUUUCUUUUUCAUUAACUGCAUAAUUUUCUUCUGUUUUAUUUAAGGUCCUAGAAAUUAAAGUUAUGGGUUUACCGUUUUGCUCGUCUGUUGUGAGAUUAAAUUUUAUAUUAUAAUUCGGAUAUUGCAGUAUUAUGUCAUUUGAGAUGAGAGCAGAUUUAAUUUUGCCGAAUGCUUCUUUGGCUUCUUCCAUUUAAUGAAUAUUGAUUUUCUUUAAAAUAUUUUUCGAAAUUCUAACUUCUUCACCUCGAAGUAAAUUCGUAAGUGGUUUCGCUAAUUUUGCGUGGUCUUUUAUGAAGCGUCUAUAAUAUUCAGAAAGUCCUAAAAGUUAUCUAAGAUCUUUAAGUGUUUUGGGACAUGGAACAUUUUCAAUGGCUUUUACUUUAGAUGGAUUUGUGGAAAUGCCAGCGGAAGAAAUUAUGAACCCAUAAAUUCUACUCGAUCUUUAUAGAAUUCGCAUUUGUCUGAUUGCACUCUCAUAUUAGCUUUACAGAGAGUAUCAAAAAUUAUAUCAAUAUGUUCUGUAUGUGAUUCCAUGUCUAUAUGAUUAUAUCGUCUAUAUAGACAUAACAUAUUUUUCCUAUGUGUUGUCGUGAGUAUAUCGUCUAAUGUCCGUUGAAAUAUGGAUGGAGCAUUUUUUAAUCCAAAGGGGAGUCUAGUGUACUCAUAUUUUCCGUUGUUCACUGAGAAUGCUGUCUUCUCCACGUCGGAGUCUUUAAGAGGAAUUUGAUGAAAACCGUUUUCUCCUAAUUGUGCCAAUACUUCAUUUAUCUCGGGUAUGGGAUAUCUGUCUGCAAUAGUGACCGUAUUUAAUUUUCUGUAAUCGGUAACCAGUCUGAAUUUCUAUUCACCAAAUGCGUCGUCUUUUUUUUGGAACAACCCAUAUUGGUGAGUUGUAUGGUGAUCUAGAUUUUCUUAUAAUACCGUCCUCUAGUAAUUUAUUUAUAUGUUCUUCUACUUCUUGUUUUAGGCUAAUGUAAUGUAAAAGUUGUUUAAUUUGGUUUUUUCCUGAAGCAUUCAUAUGUUCAUCACGGAUUAGAACAGAAUUUACGUCUUGAGCUUUAUAUUGGUGGAGUUGAAUUUUACGUUUAUUUGCUACGAUCAUAAAAUUUUCUGUAGUAUGUAUUACUGCUGAUAAUUCUUAUAACUAUAAUUUCCAAGAAUUGCGUGAAAAGUUGAAAGAGCUGGUAAUAAGAAAAACUUUAGUUUGCAUUCUUCGAUAUUAAAUAGAUUUAAGAAAGUGUGAUGGGUAACUCUUAUUUUACCACCAACAGAAUUUAUUAAUUUUUAUUUGAGCCUGUAUCUACUAACAUUUUUUAAAUUUGUCCGCUCUCCGUUUUGCAUUUGAAAUAAGGUAUCGAAGAGCUAUUUAACCUAAAAAUUUUAUAUCGGUUGGUUUAUCUUUAUAACUUUGUGCAUUAUUAGAGGUAUUGUAAUUAUAGUCACUGUAUUGGUAGUCGGUAGUUUGGUCAUUAUCGUACUGCUAAUUCUGUUCGUUUUUAGGUUCAAAGCAUGAAUUUACAUGAAAAGUUCUUUGAAUUUUCGGUGGUGGAUGGAUAAGCAUAGAAGUGUUAUUUAGUGGCCUUUAUCCUAAAUCUUGGAGACUUGGUCGGUUUGCAUAGUUAAUAGCAUUUGUUCUAAAGCUAACAUCUACAUCUAUUGGUUGAGCUGGUUUUGGUGGCCUUGGAGGAGGAUUUCUUUGUUGUUAGCUAUUAUGUUGUUGGUUCACAGGAUAAUGAGGAUACCGUUGUUGACCAUAAGGAUUAAAUUUUAGAUUUGGUUGGAAAUUUAGUUUGAAAUUGUUUGUUUGGAGGCUGCUUAUAUUUUGGCUGAAACUGUUUUAAUUGAACGAAUUGUUGUUGUAGAUUUUGUUGCUGUCGAUAGUUUGGUGAAACAUUGUAUUUUUGGUUAUUUGCAUAUUGUGCUCUAAAACUCUGAUUUUCAAGUUUUAAACAAAGAAGAAGUUUUAAAUAGGGAAGACUUUUCGGUUCUUUAAUUGCGAGGAGUCUAGAAAGAUCUCCUGAAAGUCCCCUAAUGAAGGUAUCUAGUGCUUUUGCACGGUUGUUUUCGGUUAGUAAAUGUAUUGAUUCUUCUCCUACCUCCAUGCAUCCUAUCUUGUUGAGAAUUAACGAUGCGAAUAUACCUUUUGGUAGAAUUCGUUAAUAGUUAACCUACCUUGUACAAGACAGCGUAGUGGGUUGUUAAACAACGUGAUAUUGCCGUCCAAUCUAGGGGUGUUAUACGAUUCUAAUGCUACGUCUGCUUUUCCUAUUAUUUUAUUCCUAAUAACAUUUAAUAUACCGAAAUAUCGGGGUGUACCUUUUGAAGGUUCGUAUAUCUUUAAGAUACGUUCUACGCUUUCUUUUCUUUAAAAAUUAAGAUAUCUUGAUGAAACUUGGCACACUUAUUUCUUUUUUUUCACCAUAGGAAGGUUGCUUUCGAAAAUGAGCAAAAUCCGGCCCACUGCCACGCCCACAAAAUGGAGAAAACCGAAAACACAUAAAGUGCCAUAACUAAGCCAUAAAUAAAGCUAUGGAAAUAAAAUUUGGUACGAAGGAUCGCGCUAUGAAGGAGCAUAUUUGGAUGUAAUUUUUUUGGGGAAGUGGGCGUGGCCCCGCCCCUACUAAGUUUUUUGUAAAUAUCUCGCAAACCAAUAGAGCUAUAUAAACCAAACUUUCUGCAGUCGUUUUGUUUGUCCACUUCCUAAUGCAGUCCAAAAAUGAAAGAAAUCGGAUCAUAACCACGCCUACCUCCCAUACAAAAGUUAGUUAAGAAAUGGCAGAUGAAAGCUGCACUCAGAUUUUUUUACAAAAUGGAAAAUGGGCGUGGCGUCGCCCACUUAUGGGUCAAAAACCAUAUCUCAGGAACCACUCGAUCGAUUUCAAUGAAACUUGGUUUGUAAUAGUUUUCUUACAUCCCAAUGAUAUAUUGUGAAAAUAGGCCAAAUCGCUUCACAACCACGCCUACUUCCUAUAUACCAGAACUUUGAAGACAAUCUGAAUCGUUUACUUUCAGAGUUUAGAGUUCAGUUUGCUCUUCUUGAAAGCAGGUUCAGAUGAAAUUGAUCACUUCACUGGUAGUGUCAAGUUUACAAGAAAGUAGCUCAACAGGUCACAUGAAGUUUUUACAACUUAACGCAAACCAUUGCCAAGCGGCACACGACUUAUUAAAACAGUCCGAAAACAAAUUGAUGUAACUUGGAUAAGCGACACACGAAAUAAAGCGGUUAUAUGGAAAUGUAACCCCAACUUUUCACAAAUAGAAUCACCCUUCUAUUCAGAUGGAUUUGCUCACACAACUGUUAAUAAUUUUAAUAUAUACAGCUGCUAUAUACCUCUCAGCAUCAAUGACCGAUGCAAAACAAAAGUAGUAAUAGCUGGCAAAUGUAAUGCCUGUGAUAUCGAAUGCGGAUGCAAAAGAACCAAUAGCAGAGGAAAGACCUUACUAGAAGCUUUGCCUCUCUGGAUCUAGUGUUCUUAAAUACAUGCAAUCAAUGUACUUUUAACAAACGUGGUCGAAAAUUGGUGAUAGAUUUAACUAUUAUGCACUCAAGUCUAGUAUGUAGAUCUUAAUGGGAAAUCAGUGAUCACUACACUUUUAAUGAUCAUUAUGACAUCACAUGCGAGAUAAAUCUACACACACACGACAGUGUUUACCGACCCAAAAAAGAAGUACCUGGCGACCCAAAACAUUCGACCCAGACCUCUUUGAAGAAUUAUUUAGAUCCACCACUCUUACCGCCAAUUUGUUGUCGGCUAACGAAGCUGCUGCCUCGUUUAUGAGUUGUAUCAAGAGCGCAUGCGACGCUUCAAUGUCCAAGCAAUCUGGACGUAAUCACCACCCUCCAGUGUAUUUGUGGAACGAUACAAUAACUAGACUACGCAAAGAAUGCCAGCAAGCAAGGCGCUUUACCAAAGGUCACGUGAUACCCCCGAUUUUACCACUCUCCAAAGAUAUUUUAAAGACAAAAGAAAAUUAUUAAAACAGCCAACCAAAAAAAGUAAACAGGAGUGUUUCCUUAUUAUCCUCCUAAUGUGCGACUACGUCUAAAAAAAACGCCCGGGGACUCGCAUCUAAGGCGGAAAUGGGAAAAUUUCCGCUCGUGGACAGAUGCCAACCUCACCUUCAACAAUUGGGAGAAUAGUUUCGGUACUCCUUCCAACCCGACCCCAAUUCCUUGAGGAGAUCAUGAGAGUUCAACAAAGCUAGACUAUACCGGCUGUUUCAAACGAAGACGUUCGAGAAGCAUGUAAUCGGUUAAACUCAUCUAAAUCCCCAGGUCCAGAUGCAAUCCCGAAUCUAGCGCUAAAAACAGCAAUUGUCAGAAACAUAGACCCUUUUCGAACAAUGUAUAAUUAUGCAUUCUGGAAGGCCGCUUUCCCACCAUAUGGAAAAGGUAAUACCUUAUAUUACUGCCAAAACCUAAUAAACCAAUGACAGAACCGUCCAACUUCCGGCCUCUCUGCAUGUUAGACUCCGCGGGAAAAGUUUUGGAGCGAAUCAUAUAUCAACGGCUAAAUAAGGCAAUCGAUGUCGUCGGUGGGCUAUCCCCAAACCAAUUCGGAUUCAGAAAGGCAAGAUCCACAACCACACCUGUUAAAACCCUUGCUGAGCGAGCUUUAAGCGGUAAAAGAAGGAAGGGAGGCACAAUACAUUACGGUAUGGUUGUAACUCUUGAUGUUAAAAAUGCCUUUAACUCGGCAUCCUUGGAAAGUAUACUGAGUGCACUAAAAAGCUUAUCCGUGCCUCUAUACCUUUACAACAUAAUUGUUAGCCAUUUCGAGGAAAGAACUUUGAGCUACAAUACAAACGAAGGCUCUAAAAAAUAUAAAGUCACUAGUGGAGUACCUGGAUCUGUACUUUGGCCGCUACUCUGGAACAUAAUGUACGACGGAGUACUGCGACUCAACGUAUCCAAAAACGUUCAUAUCAUUGGAUUUGUAGAUGAUAUUGCUGUGGUGGUUAUAGCAAAACUCAUACCCGAUAUAGUUACGAUAACCAACAUGAUAAUAACGUUAAUAGCCAAUUGGCUCGAAGCUCACGGAAUGACCCUAGCAGAGAGCAAGACCGAAGCGCUACUUAUUACUGGCUAAAAAGUCCGCGAAGUGUCCACGUUCAGCACAAAGGGUGUAAGCAUCACUACACAACCAGCAAUUAAAUACUUAGGAAUCAUCCUGGAUGCAAGGAUGUCCUUCAAGGAACACUUAGCUUACACUUGCGAGAAAGCUACAACAGUGUACAGAGCUUUGACACGAUUAAUGCUCAAUACUCGUGGGCCAAAGCCAAAUAGAAGACGAAUAUUAGCUGGAGUACUAAAGUCAGUCGCUCUGUUCGGCGCCCAAAUAUGGGGAAAACGUGAUGGGAAGGGUUGGUGACGAACAAUGUACGAGGCGGGUAAUAGACAAACUGAAGUGAGGCCAAGUAAAUACAACUUUUAACUGAAUGCAUUUUGACCAUUACCUACGUAUGAGUGUAACAACUCAACCAUCCUCCUGAUGUAAUACUGACAUGAGGUCCCGGCUUCCAAUGUUGCGUCGCCCAGGCGGCCAUCAAUCCUUCGACACAUCGAGCUUUACAGGGCCGUUUCAAGUGAUCCCGCCGCAAUAAAAAUAGAGCCUAAUACGUAUUGGUAAAUAUUGAUUUAUGAAUUAGUUGUAUACAUAAUUAAAUGCAUUUUCAUAUUACACCAAUCCAUUAAGUCAUAUUUUAACCUUUAUGUGCUUGGGAUUGUAAACUUACGUUGGCGGUCGGAAGUCUACAUUUGCAGCAAUUAUGUAUUUGUAUGGAGAACUAUGUCAACAUAUGAACAAAAACACUGGCACGAAGAGUUUUAUACUUGAAUGCAUAGCUAUUAAGUAAUAUAUGAGUUUUAGAUAUCUGGUUAAGUUGAAAAUGUUUAAAUAUCAUUCUUGGUACAACAUUUACCCAAAGUAUAUGUUGUAGCAUGUGUGUCACAUACAAGUUUUUUACACCAACUGCAAAUCUUGCGUGUGGUUUACGCUUUCCAGCUUCACAAUUUUGACAACGAACAUAGGUUGAAAGUCGUUAGAAAUAUCAGGCAAGUGGUUCGCAAUAGUGCCGGAAACAGAAGAACUACUGAGUGCCAUUUCAAAAGCCAGGCGUGUUGGAGCAUGGCCUAAUACCCUUGGAUUUUCAGAGCGCUGUUCAAUUGCUGACAUGAAAAGCUGUUUUGCAAGGCAUCGCAGGAACUUUCGUCAUUUGUCAACGCAAAGUUUUCCGUUUAGUGGAAUAUGCAGAAAGCAUUUUAUCCAUUGCAUCUACGCGUCCUUUGGUAGCGUUGUAGUCAAGGAUAUACUGUGUCUUGUUUUUUUCUCAGGUACAAUAGCAUUUGUCAAGGGCGUACUGGAUAGUAGUAUAACAGCUUUUCCGUUUUUUGGCACGUAAGAUACCAACUCAAAUUUUGAUUCGAGAAAGCCAAAAAUUGUUGACUGUUCUGCUCGUUUGCGGUCUGCUUUCAUUUCAUUUGGAACAAAUAUUUUGUUUUGACAAACAGUACCAAGAAGAGAGAGCACUUUCGACAUCAAAUGCCUAGCCAGAUUCAAUGAAGUAAAAAAGUUAUCACAGAUUACGGUUAUUCCGGUGUUUGCCAAGGGUAAACCAGUCUUUGCACGACAUUCUCUCCAAAGGAUACGCCUUCUAUUUGCUCAUCGGAUCGAAUAUCGUCUUCUUCAAGUAUCAUUUCGUUUUCGGCAUCUGAUUCUUCGGGAUUUAUACCAGGUGUUAAGUAAUCAUCAGUAGAAUCAUCAAAAUCUAGGCCCUCUUCUGCUUCUUCAUCAACCUCACUCAAUUGAUUCUCAAUAUGGUUUUUAACACCUCGUACCCUAGCCUGUGUUUACAAUUUUCUUGUAUAUCAUCCAUAUCAUGGAAAAAGAUACACUUGCCGUUUAACGACUCGUUUCGACCGGUUUGAGGCAUAGACAUAUUUAUUAUUGUUAUGCACCAAGAAAUGCUUGAGAAGCAAUGCAAAACUGAUCACCACAAUAUGAAUAUUGAAUAUAAAUCACUGCAAAAACAAUUACAGUAUACUCUCGAAAAGUAAUUUCUCAGAAAGUAAAUAAUCGCGGAAAAGAAAGUUAAUCACCUUUAAUAUUACACAUGCACCUCUGAUAAAAAAUUCGAAACGAAGCAAGCAGCGUUUUUUACGAUGUUGCAAAAACACUUAAGCUCCAGUUACCCAUACUUGACUUGACUCAGCUUCGAAAAAUUUGACUUGGAAAACUUAGAUGCAAUUAUACUAAACACAGCGCGUAGAAAUCAGCUGUUUUUGAAUGUUGAGAGAGCACACAAAUGUGACAUUUUAAUUGAUUUGUGAAGUUUGUGAAAAUUUAAUAAAUAAUAAAACAAAUUGUUUUGCCGAAUACCUUAAUAAUAAUAAUAAAUUUUAAUAAUGGAUAGUGAUUUAUUCCAAGAACUUGUUUAUUUAAAUAUUCUUCGCCUUCAAAGAAGAAAAGUUUUGAGAAGACAUAAACGCCGCUGGUCCGUUCAUCCAGCUAAUCGGGAUAGAAACGCAAAUGGUUUCUUCUGGAAGAACUUUUUAAAAUUAAAAGAAGACGACCAAAAACUAUUUCUUUUAACACGGAUGAAUCUGACAGUGUACAAUAUUCUUUUAAAUAUAAUUAGUCCGUUUUUAAAAAAACCAAAACAACAAGUUGGCGUCGAGGAGCGAGUGGUUAUAACAUUAAUGUAAGUUAAACAAUCCUUGAAACAUAUUCAUUUAAUUGUAUUCUCAUAUAUUUUUUAGGUAGCUCGCUUAUGGAACACCUUUUGAGGUCAUAGCCUCGAUGCAUAAGUUAGGCAAAACAACAGUGCGGAAUAUCGUACUUGAAACGUGUGAAAUACUUUGGUUACAUCUGUCCCCGAUAUACCUUAGCGAGCCAAGUACCGCACAAUAUAAAGAUAUUGCUGCAGAUUUUUUAAAACUGUGGAAUAUACCCAACUGUGUCGGAGCAAUUGACGGGAAGCAUAUAGCUAUUGUUCGUCCACAAAAUUCAGGCUCGUUAUUUUAUAACUAUAAAAAGUUUUAUAGUAUAGUUUUAAUGGCAUCCUGCGAUGCUAGGUAUACGUUUACCGCUGCCAGCAUUGGUAGCUAUGGAGGCCAAAGUGACGGAGGUGUCUUUCAGCAAUCUAAAUUUGGUAAAGCGCUCUUGGAAAACAAAUUGCCACUACCACCAAGAGCUCCAUUAUGGAAUGAAUCCUCAACAGAUUUUCCACAUUUUUUUGUGGUCGACGCAGCGUUUCCGUUGAAGGAAAACUUAAUGCGACCUUACCCCGGUGCACAGCUGCCACGAAACAAAGCAAUUUUCAAUUACCGGUUAUCGCGAGCUCGUAGAGUAAUCGAAAAUAGCUUUGGUAUUUUAACCGCUCGAUGGCGUGUUCUACGAAAGGUCAUAGACUAUAGCCCAAAGAACUGCGAAACAAUUGUGUUAACCUGCUUGGUUCUUCACAAUUUUGUAAUGUUGAAUGACCAUGAUCGUUGGUAUUGUCCAGAUACAUUUGUAGACACAGACACCGCAGACCAUGGAAUAUUGGAGGGAGAAUGGCGUGAAGAUUUAGAGAGUGUUGGAGGUGCAUUACAUUCAAUAAGUUCAACUCGACGCAAUGCGUCUUGUAUCGCAUUCCGUGUAAGGGAUUUUUUGGCAGAAUAUUUUAUUAACCAGGGAGCAGUUUCAUUUCAAGAAAAUCGUAUUUAGUGUAUAUUUAUUUUAUUUAUAUUUAUAUUUAUUUAUAUCGUAUUUAAUGUGUAAAAUUGUAAUCCAAGUAUGAAGUACUAUACUUUUUGUUACGUUAACUUUUUUAUGAUAUUUUUUAGUAACAUAUUUUUCCGCGCUUUGUAUGUGUGUGGUGAAUCUUAGUAACCCUCAUUAAUUUUAUUAAACUUGUAACAAACCAAUUGUAUUUCAUCAAAGAGAAUUUCCAUUUAAUAAACCUAAUAAUAAUUUUUAUAACUUUUUACAAAUAUCGUGUGUUUGCCCCUUUCACAUACUGGUUAUAAUUCCGCACGUAAGUAUACCUGUGUCAUAUGUAUACACCAUAGAUAUAUCUAUAAAUAUUGUUUUAUUUACUGAAAAAGAUGGUAAUUAUUUGUAUUAGGAAGAUUACACAGGCAUAUGGCAAAUGAAUUCUGUAUUUUGUUAUAAAAACAAAUUGUUUUAUUUUUUUUUUUCAAAUACAUUCUUAAAACUAUUUUUGAAAAUUGAGGUACAUUGUUGUUUCUUACGU